GUAGAUUGGUGAAUAGUGACUUAUAGCGUGUUUGAGUUGAGUGUUUCUUGAAUCAGUAAUCUCUCUGUGGAAGAUUAAGGCCGUGUUUGGAUAGAAUUAGAAAAAUGGAGGAUGACGCUUCCAACUCAGUGCGCCGCAUGUCAAGCCGAACCCGAAAGGUUGCGUCCAAAAUGGCCGCCGCACUUGCCAGCUCUGACAACCGCACUCAGGCGGCACUUGCCCGUUUGGAUGCCUUGGAGAAUGACAAUGCCGGGUUUGAAAUCGCUGAUGCUAAUAAUGACGACGACGAUGCUUCUUUAGACGAUGAAGAUCAACUGUAUGUACAGAAAAAACAAUCUAAAGGCACCAAGAGGAAGACGAGGCAGGCAAAAGCACUUGAAGCUAGGAAGGCCCCAAGAACAUUCCUUGAGCUCUUACAUGAGGCAAAUUUAGAAUCAUUGCCCCCACAUGUUCCCUCCUAUUGGAAAGCUGCAGUUGGACCUCCGAGCUCAACUUCCCGCCGCCACUUUUGCACUGUUUGUGGUUUUUCUGCCAAUUACACUUGUGUGAGAUGUGGUAUGCGCUUUUGUUCAUAUAGAUGUCAAAAUGUGCACAAUGAUACCCGUUGCUUGAAAUUUGUAGCCUGAUACAUGUUACAUUUUGAGCCUAGUAUUGGAUCCAUGCUAUUGUAAGUUUAUCAUAUAUCAACUUUCCCUUUUUUGUUUCCCUUUUGAGACUAGUGUUUCACUUAUCUGGUGAUAAGGUAAUAGCUGAAAAAUGUAUAGUCUG